AUGGAAAGCUACGGCUCCGACGAGGGGGCGCCUAGCUUCUGCAUUGGGAACCAUGAGACAAGUCGCUCUCUCCCUAUUACCUCUCAGGUGGUACGGAUAGCUCAUGAAAGUAAUUAUGAUAUGCUGACAGCUCCCAUAACGAAUCAACACUUCCAUUCUCGCGUGCUCGGGCUCUUGUCUUCGUAUCUCUCUACAUUGCAGUCUCCAGACGAGGCAACUAGCCAGCUAGUCGGAAUCACUAGCAGCUGGAUUGACCUCUGUUCACCAGAUCCUCUCAUUGCGGACUUGUCCAGGCAGGUCUUGAUGCUUGAGGUAGCCUAUGCUGCGUUCUGCGGGAUCGGAUAUUUGCUCCUACCGGGCCCUAAAUUGCACCAUGGCGACAUGCACUCUGAGGGGGUCAUUUACUAUGCGCGCGCUAUCCAAGAUGCAAUUAGCCUUGGACCAUAUAUUCAAUUCCAUAUCUGGCUGCCUAUGGUGAACAAUCCCGAACUCGAAGUCGACACGGUGGGUGAUCUUGCCCCGCUGGCCCGGGGGGAGUUCUUGCUACCAAUUGAUGGAGCUCUUCCGAAAGUCGAUCUUUUCGGAACUUGGGAUGCUUGGGACCUGAUUCGCAAGGUUUGCAAAUACCAUACUCGGUUAUUUGUUGCUCUAUCCAUGCCGAGUAGACUCCCGCCCCUAUCUGUCCAGUCGCGAUGGCAUUCAGAACCAGUACACCUUCUCACGAUAGCUGCUGCGUGUUUCCUCAAGAACCAGAAAGGAUUCCCUGUUCUGUCGAAGGGUCAUCAGGCUCUGAUUGCAAAGUUGAUGCGUCUUCGUACUCCACCGUGGAUUCUUCUCUGUGACGUUGGCCCAGUCCCUGGCAUUGACACGGACGAUGCCGACGCCCCCCAAUCUCCUCUUUCUGGAACCGAAUAUCCCAGCCUGUCGCAAGUCGUGGGAUCCACGAAAAAGCACCAUGACCCUACCCCUCACCUUUCAUAUUUGCGAAACCUCCAGAACCGACAACCCCCUCGCACACCGAUAGAGAGAUUUGGGACAGGGUAUCAGGAUUAUCUUCAGGCCCCGCUACAGCCACUCACCGUCAACCUGGAGAGCAUCACGUAUGAGGUAUUUGAGAAAGACCCUAUUAAGUACGAGUGGUAUGAGCGUGCAAUUGAAAAGGCCCUCAGAGACUGGGCGGAUCAAAAGAAGCCAACAUCACACCCCGAUGGAAAGGUCGUCCUUGCGGUCGUCGGUGCCGGUCGUGGGCCUCUUGUGACGCGGGCCCUCAAGGCUAGUGCCAAAGCCGGCGUUGAGAUAGACAUGUGGGCUGUUGAGAAGAAUCAAAACGCAUUUGUUCUCCUGCAGCGUCACAACGAGACGAUCUGGCAUGGUAAAGUUAAUCUUGUCCAAUCAGAUAUGCGAAGCUGGAAAGGUCCUCGGGUGCGCAAAAGCGCCCCGGAAGAGACCAAUGAACCGAUCGGAGGAUCCCUGGGUAUCGAGGACUCCCUUCUCUACACUCCCAAAAAGAGCGAAAAUGACCCAGGCCGAGCAUCUGAUCUCAUUGACCCUACAGCAUCUGGACUCACGCACACACAUGUGGAUAUCGUGGUGUCGGAACUUCUUGGAUCCUUUGCCGAUAACGAGCUGUCACCGGAGUGUCUAGAUGGCGUGAAUCACCUCAUCAACCCUGUUCACGGUAUCUCCAUUCCAGCCUCAUACUCGGCCCAUCUCACCCCAAUCUCGGCCCCGAAGCUGCACGCGGAUAUCUCGCUCCAAAGCGUGUCCAAUCCAACAGCGCCUGAAACACCUUACGUAGUUAUGCUCCAUGCUGUCGACUACCUGUCCUCUCGGAAUCCCCCUUCCGAGGUCGAUCCAGCAGCUCAAAAUAACGCAAACCGUUCAUCGAUGCCAUCUGGGACCACACCUGCUACGGAAUUUGCAACUCCUUUUGUCCAAACUGCGUGGUCGUUCUCUCAUCCGAACCCAAAUAUUCCCUCCCAGCCUCAAAGUCAGUCGACCGUUUCGAAUUCACACAAUGUUCGCCAAACUCGCCUUGAGUUUCCUGUGCGGCACCGGGGUGUUUGCCACGGCAUUGCUGGUUACUUUGAGACGGUUUUGUAUGGCGAUGUUGAGCUUUCAACUAACCCAGUGACCAUGGACGCGAAAAGUGCCAGCAUGAUAAGCUGGUUCCCUAUCUACUUCCCAUUAAAGACUCCUUUGAAUGUCCCAGACAAUGGAGAGAUUGUGAUUACAAUGUAUCGCCAGACCGAUAACCGAAAGAUUUGGUAUGAGUGGAUGGUCGAGGUGUUUAGUUUGGAACGAAUUGCGACGCCUACCAUGAAACUGCCCAGUCCGACUGGCGGGGUUAGGCCGGGCUCUCCAAGCGUGGACAGCGUUCGAAGCAAGGCUGGGCCGAAGGAGCAGGUCGACGAUGGUGUCAAGCCAAGGUACCGUCGGGUGCGGGUGGGAUUGAGCGAUUUACACUCCAGCAUUAAGGAGGGGUGCCUGAUGUGA